AUGUUUUAUAUCAGCAAGACGGUAGUGCCUGGAGAUUUUUGUAUGAAGAUUGUGUGCAAUCGGUCUGGAGUUUACUUGGCGCAAGCAUCAUCUGUUGUUAAGUAUAUUAUUAGAGACGGAAGAGCAGUGUAUGCCAAGCGGAUUGAUUUUUUUGAUGUUGUUAAAUCUGUUGUAGCUGCUGAGAGUAGCAUUAUGGUUGUUUUCAAUGGAUGUAUACGGCAGCUGGAUGAGAAUCUUGAUGAGAAGAAUAUGCAUGUGUUUGGAAGAAGUAAUAUUGAUUAUAAGAAUCCAGGCUCAUAUGUGGCAUAUACAAAACGAGGUAUUUGCAUUGUGUCGUUUUUUGGACAGAUGGUGCUGUAUAGGACUGGAGAAGGGCUGCUUUCUGAGCCUAUGGAGUAUAGUAUGGGACGAUGUGCAACUGUUGUUCUGGACUUCAAAGCGAUUGAUGGUAGGGAUAGAUAUGCUUCUCUUGAAAAAAACUGCAAUGGAACCGCAGUUAGAGUGUACGAAUAUGAUUGUGUUUCAAGAGCAAUUAAGAUGGUGGCUGAACAGAUGGUGGAUGAUAGUGGGUACAUGAUUGUUCCGUUGAACAGCAUGAUGUUUGUGGUGUUUUCGAGUGUGAGUGUUUUUGCUUUUAGGAGUACUUUCAAGGUGGAAAAGUAUGAUAUUCUGGAAUUGCUUAGAUCAUCUGGAGUAUCAGGUGCAGGAGCAGAUAUACCAAUGGAUGGUGUUUUUACAUGCAGUGCAGUUAGUCCAGAGGGAAUGAACGAAUUGGCUGUUGUUGUGAAUGCAGAUGGUCUUGUUUUUGAGAUCAAAGCUACGGAUUGUAUAGAAUUGCAUUAUGCAGCAAAAGUAUGUGUGCCCAAAGAUGUAGUAAUUGAUUAUUACGGGCAUUUUAUUUGUUUAGCACAUGACUCUAUCAGUCAAGUAUAUUUUGUUAAGAGGGAUGAAGGAAGUAUUAGCAUUGUGUAUGCGGAUGAUAUUAGCAGCAGCAUGAUCUGCAGGAGUGCAUACGUUGUGCAUGAUGAAUUACACCAUGUUUAUGUGUGCAACGGAAGAAAUGUAGGCGAGGUUGUUGAAGCAUUGCCGAUCAAUUUUGUAUGCAAGGCUAAAAUCACAGAAGACUCUAACCAUGAGGAGAAUGUAGGAGAGGGCAGUGAUGAUGGUGCGAUUAAAGAUGUUUUUGCAUCUGGAGAUAUGAUUUGUGUAUGCUAUGGCAACAGGAUUUGUAACAUCAAGAUGAACAAAACACAGUUUGAGAAGCAAUAUGAGCUUGAAUGUGCCAGUGAAGUACUUGGGUAUUUCAGAAUUCAGAGCCAUGAUGUGUAUGUAAUGAGAGAAUCGAUCAUGGUAUGUGAUUUGAUCAUGGAUAAUCAAAAUACAAGAGGGCCUGAGGCUUAUGUGAAGGAAGUGAUCCAUGAAUAUUUCUGUGGUUCAUCAAGAUAUGUUAUUUUUGCAAAUCAUAGCAGGAUAUUGUUGUUUGAAGGAUCUGUUAUGGAGUGCAUUGAGACUGGAGUCGUUGUUAGGGGAUUGGAAGUGCAUGAUAAGUAUUUGUUUGUUGUAACAGGACGACGCGUAAUACGUGUGUAUAGUAUUUCAGAGAGGAGAUUUGUGUUUAUUCAAUUGCUUUUGGAAGAUUUUGAGUUUGUGAUGGCUUUUGAAGGAUACUUAUAUGUAGUUGGGUGUGCAAUGCACAGGUUCAAGAUUAAUAUGGAUGGAUCGCUUGGAUUGCCUAGCUGGAUGAAUUUUAAUGGAAAAGGCAUUGGAAGAAAGGGUAGGAUUAUGAUACUUGAGAAUGAUUCUAUGGAUGUUAGGUGCCAAAGAAUGAUUGGGGUUGAUGGAAUAAGGAGUGUGUUUGUGGAUGGAAGAGUGGUGGUAGGAGAGGGAAUGUGGCUGAGUAUUUAUGAUUAUGAUGAGAGUAGAAGGAUUAUGAUUGAUGGCUUAGUCCAUGCAGAUGGAGCAUGCAAGAUACUGAUGAAUGGAAUGGGGUAUGUAGAGAAUGUAAACAGCAGGUUCAGUGUUAAGAAGUUUGAUGGAAGCAUAGCAUUUGAAGGAGUUGGAGCAGCUAUUGAGGCAGCAUCAUACGGAGAGUAUUGUGUUGUUGCCGUAAAUGAUUGCGAAAAUAGUAUGAAUAUAUCUGAUACCAGAUGUUUUUUGAAUAUAUACAAGCAGGAUAUCUUAAUGUAUGCAUUUGGAAUUGAUUAUGGACCAAGUGUUUUGAGGAUGGAGAAAAGUAGAAUAUAUUGUGCAUCACUUAAUGCGAUGUAUUGCUAUGAGAUUGGGCUUAAGACGCUUCUGAAAAAGUUCCGGAUUGAGUUUCCAUCGAAGAUUAACUGUGUAUGCACGGAUGAUGCCAGGGUGUUUGUUGGAACAGAGAAGGAUUCGGUGUUUGUUUUGAAGGAAGGGAAUGUGGAGCAUAAAGAUGAUGUUUCUCGAUGCAUCGUAUCGCUGGAGAAGUUUGAUAAAGACAGACUAAUUGUCGGAGAAAUGACUGGUGAGGUGAUGAUUAUGAAUCUAUUUGAAAAUUGCGUAGCAGUGACUGCUUCAAUAUUUGUGAACGACAUGCCGAUUAUGCUUAUACCUGGAGAUAGGGUAUUUGCUGUAUGCCUGAGCGGAAAGGUGGUUGAAAUACAGGAAAUAGACAAGGAGCUGUUUGGUUUUUUGCAGAAGCUGGAAGAUCAAAUUAUAGCAUUUUCUGGAAAGCCUUUUUUUGAGGCGUUCAAUAAAACAAGGUUUGUUGAUGCAGGCUAUCUGAAGCAGGUCUACGAUAUGAGUGAUGAAGGAAUGCGUGAUAUUUACAAGAGCAGAGAAUUUGAUAUAAAACGAAUUUUUGAUGUAAUUGGUAGGCUCUGA